AUGUCUCUGGAUCCAGUAAAGUCUGCAACGGAAGCACAGUGUUACUAUCGAGCAAAAUACCCCCUUAAGAUUCAAACUACAGAAGACUAUCCAUCAAUCUAUGAUCUUUCUAUAUCGCUACCCUUCAGUAUUUUCACAGCUCCGGUUCAAGAUUCUAGCACUUCUGAUGAUGACAAUGCAGCUUUUCGUUUAAAAAAAGAUGCUUAUAAUGGUGUAACUGCAUCUCAAGUUACAAUGUCCAUGUUAUGUAAGUAUAAUCUUAAAGGUCAUUACACUAACAUAGCAGAUGCCACAAAAUGUCAAUCUAUAAUCUCUGUCGCUGGAGACGAUGAUAAUAAAACAAUAAAAGAUAGAAAAUUAAGAAAUGAAGAGUUAGAAAAGUUGGUAAAAAAAUUUAGUCUGCCUCCUAGAAAUGAGAUUACAGAAUUUCAUUAUAAUGCCAUGGACUUAACCCAAUCAUACGAGAAUACUAUAGACUUAACCCAAUCAGACCAAAAUUCUACUGAGCAUUCACAUACAAUAAUUGAAAAUGACACGGACGAUCAACAUACUGAUAAAGAUGAUCAAAAUAAUUCAGAUGAUAUAAAUGCAUCUGGAAGCUUAGACACACUAUGA